CGUGAAACCCUAGUCCGGUAUGGAAUAAAUACUAUAACAUGGCAGAACAUGGGCUUUCUGAAGAACAGAUAGCAGCUAUUAAACAUGCCUUUUCUAUCUAUGAUCGUGGUGGAGAAGGGGUUAUUCUUACAAGAGAGAUAGGAACACUAAUGAAAUCGCUAGGAUACAACGUACCAAAAGAUGAACUUGUUGAUAUCAUGAACGAGGUUGAUUUUGAAGGUAAAGGAAUAAUAGGUAUACAAGAGUUUAUGUCUGUAAUGGUUAACAGGUCAAAAGAAGAAGCUUUCUCUAAAAAGUUGAUAGAUGCAUUCCGGGUAUUUGAUGUCAGAGGAAAAGGUGUUGUUGACACUGAAGUUGUUCGCCAUAUAUUUUCUUCAAUGGAAGAAGAAAUGCCAGAUGAGGAAAUAGACGAACUGUUAAAGGAAGCUAAAAUUGAUAAGGAUGGUAAUAUCAAAUAUGAAGAUUUUGUUAGACAGAUAGUUAGAUGAUAUGUAAAAAGUAAAAGAAUCUUACCUAGAGGAUAUACAUUUUAACUGCUAAAACACAUUGUAUAUUUGACAGUCAGAUGAUAUAUUUAUACAUGAAUAUACUGCAUAGAUUCGAUUUUGAUAGAAUAGCUAGGACACACAUAUACCGCGUUUUGAAUGUUUCUGAUAUAGAUGUUCGUUCUCAUGUAUAAAAUAUAAAAUGUCUUGCAAGAUAAAACUGUCUUUUUAAGCCUUUGACAUUGUCAAUUCUUCUCGAAAAUUUUUGUACUAUUGGGUCCUAAUUACAAUUUUGUUUGUCUGAAAUCUAUAUUUUAUCUGCAUCUAUUUCAAUAUUAUUCGUAUGUUUAUUUCAAAUGUGCAUCCACACAGAGGCUCUUUUAAACGAUCAAAGUUAUCCUUGUCAAAGUGUUUUGGUUGUGUUAACAUGUAUACAAAAUUUUGACAUAUUUUGAUGGUCUUUGGUGAAGUAGAACUCCCUCCUAUUUUCCUUAAAACUUUUGAUUGCCUUAAAUUUGACGAGAACUGACCGAAGAGAACGAGAAGAGAAAAGUACUUGGCAAUUAUGAAAAAAAACAGCAAACCUGCAAUUUUUUGCCAUAGUGUUGUUGGUUUCUCUUCGACUUAUACACUUUGAUUGUCCGCCGUUUGGUAUUGUCCGCCUCUUUUUUUUUUUGCUAUCGAAGACACUUUUGGCAAAAGUAAAACCAGAUGGAAAAUACAAACAAGUUUAAUGCUUUAUGUGAAGAUAAGUAAGCAAAUUAUUUUUGCCAAAUUUGUGGAAUUAUUAAAUCAAGAUAUUAGAUCGACCAAUUAAACAAUUGCGUGGAUGUAAGAAACUAUAUGUCACAAACUUCAAUAAUGAGCGAAACCAAUACUCUAUAGUCAGCUAAAAAAGGACCCGACAUCACAAAAUGUGAAUCAAUUCAAAUGAGAAAAAAUCCAAAGGCAUGAUUAUUGGUAACAAAAUAAACGAAAAUAAAUAAAACAGACAGAAACCAACGAUAACCACUAAAUAAAAGGCUCCUGACUUCGGGCAGGUACAUAAAGAAUGUGGUGGGGUUAAACAUGGUUUUUGAGCGCUCAGUUGAAAAUGGCUCGACUCAUUAGAUUGGCACGAAGCACAAACAAACCAACUAACAAAAAGUCAAAAGAAAAAAUUACCGAUCUAUGAGUACUCGCAAUUACUGAAAGAUUGUUAAAAGUCAGUUUUAACUAACAAAAAUAAAUCCUGUUCUAUAAGACUUAUAUAUCAAUCAGUAUAUGCAUCCACAGAUUUAGUGUAAAGACGCUAUAAACAAUCGAAAAACAGCAUGACCGUGUGCAAUGCCAAAAUGCUAGUACAUUGCAUCGACACUGGAAGAUGGCAAAACUUAGAAAGAGAAAACAGAAAGUGUGUAUUGUGUAAUUUAGAUGCCAUUGGUGAUGAAUACCAUUACAUUUUUAAUUGUUCAGCUUUUCAUAACUGUAGAAAACAAUUUAUUACAUUUCAUUAUAGGAAUAGACCUACCACGUUGAAGUUGCAUGACUUAAUGAAUUCCAAAACAUAUUCAGAACUGAAUGAGCUGUGUAAACUCAUUAAGGAGAUCAAUAACAAAUUGAACUUUUCUGGAUGAACAAUUGUAAAUGCCUCUAUCUACUUUCGUACAUUAUUUAUUUAUGUAAUUGUAUUGAAAUAUGUAUUAUUAUCUCUAUACCUUUGUAAUUUGGUUUGUGAGAAUAAAGAUAUAUAUAUAUAGAUAUA